CACAGAGCGCACGCCGCCGCGCGGACAACGACGACGGCUGAGCGUGCGAGCGAAAGUUCCCCGCCGCGCCGUUUUCAGUGUUGACGGAGCGUCCGACGCACCACCAUCACCGACCACGACGACGGCUGCGGCGCGCGGUGACGGGCCUGAUCUCUGCCAGCGGUAGGUAUAGCGUGUGCACACGGUCGUGACCACAGUGACCACCAUGACCAGUCAGGGCGUCGUGGAACGUGCCAGUGCCGAACUGUCGAAACGCAUCAACGGGCUGACGCUGCGGGCGGCCAACAAACCGUCGCCGUCCACUUCCGGCGGUGGCAGCGGGACCGCGGCCGGCGCGACCGGUUCGCCGUCCCGGGCCCCGCGAACCGGUACCAGCGUCAUGGAACGGGUGACCAACGUCCUGUGCGGAGGCGGCACCGGCGGCGGUGGCGGCGGAGGGUUCAUCUCCGGCGGAUCCGGUUCCGGCGGCAUCCAGUACCCGCGGUUCCGCGGCCGGACGCCCGUCCGCAACCGCGUGGCCGCGUACCGGAUCAAGCGGCCGGUCACGUGGCCCGAGCUGAUGCGCGACGAACAGUUCCUCAACGGUUUCUUCACGUACUUCUCGCCCGGGGAGCGCGUGCCGCUGUCCCGCGUGUGCGUCCGGUGGCGCGACGUGCUGUACAGGUCGCCAAAGUUCUGGUACAACGUGCGGCCGGUGAUCCGCUGCAAACAGCUCAGGUCGUACAACUACGCGGACAAGGCGGCCGUGUUCAAGUCGUUCGUGGCCAGGGAGAUGACGGCCAUCACCAUUUACGGGGCCCAGGACCAAGACACGGUCGAGUUCGUCAACACGUACCCGUUUCCCAACAAAAACAUAUUGGCGCUGUGCUUACAGUCGUCCAGCGUCACCGACAGGGGAUUGGAAUCGUUCCUGGACCAUUUGCAGGGUGUUUGGCAACUGGAACUAGUCGGGUGCAACGAGAUCACGGAGGCCGGCCUGUGGGCAUGCCUGACGCCGAGAAUCGUGUCGCUGACCCUGAGCGAUUGCAUAAACGUGGCCGACGACGCUGUCGGCGCCGUAGCUCAGAUGCUGCCAGCCCUCAACGAGUUCACGCUACAAGCAUACCACGUCACCGACGCUGCCUUGGGAUUCUUCUCGUCCAGGCAGUCCAACAGCCUGUCCGCGCUAAGGCUUCAUUCGUGCUGGGAGCUCACCAACCACGGCAUUGUAAAUAUUGUUCACUCACUUCCCAAUCUUACUGUACUGAGUCUAUCAGGUUGCAGUAAAAUCACUGACGACGGGAUCGAACUGAUUGCCGAAAAUCUGCCAAAAUUACAAAUCUUAGACUUAUCUUGGUGUCCUCGAGUUACCGAUGCAGCUCUCGAAUACAUUGCUUGUGAUCUAGUUGGAUUAGAACAGUUGGUCUUGGACAGGUGCAUACACAUUACUGACAUUGGGAUAGGGUAUAUAUCAACAAUGAUAUGUUUACAAGCGUUAUUUUUACGUUGGUGUUCACAACUACGAAAUUUUAGCAUACAACACUUAUGUGGCAUGCGUCAUCUAAGGAUACUCUCACUUGCUGGUUGUCAUUUGUUAACAUCCAGUGGUUUGUCCAGUUUAAUUCAAAUGCGAAAUUUAGAAGAACUAGAACUGACAAAUUGUGCUGGUGCAUCUCCAGAACUAUUGGAAUAUUUGCAUGAGCAUUUACCAUCAUGUUUAAUCGUCAGAUAAAUAUUCAUAAAACGUAAAUACGACAAUAAUGGAGAGUUGUUAAUUAUUUUUUAUUCCUUUUUUGAUUGUUUAUUUAUUUAUUUUUUACUUUUUUAAACAUCCUUGAGUUUUAAUUUCCAGUAGAUGUUUUGAGUCUGUUAUACUUAUAAUGUCCGCACACAUAUCAUAUAUCCCACAGUUCAUUUAUUAUUUGAUUUAUUUUUAAGAUUGCUGUUUUAAGCAUAAUUUGUUGUUAUUUCAACUUUUGGAAUAAAUUGAAUUAGGGUUCAAAUUACAAUAUUUCUGUACACACAUACAAUAAAUGACAGUCAUUCUUACCUACAAGGCUAAAACACUAUUGUGAUUAAGUGUUCAAAUAUGUAUUAAUAGCCUUUUCAAAGCUUAAAUAAUUAUUUAUAAGUAGAUAUUAUGUACGAAAUGUGCAAUAAUUAAUAAAUAUAAUAUUUAAUCUAACGGAUUCUAGUAAACCAUUAACUUUAAAUCUGUCUCAAAGUAUAAAUAAAUUGGCUGAUCAUAGAAAAAAAAUAACAAAGUUAUGAUAUUAUUAUCUUAAGACAAUAUCAUAAAGCAUUUACGAGUUUGUAGUUGAUAAAAAAAAAUAGUUUAUAAAUAUGAACCGAGUAUAGAUAAAGAAAUAUUAGCCUUCAAACUACUACGAUACAUUUUGUCUAGGUUUUAAUGAUUUGGCUCUAAUAUUUAAGAUGUAGGUUCGUGUGAUAAUUAUUUAAAUUAUGAAAUAUGAACAUAAUUCAUAUUCUAUAAUAAAAAUUAAUAAACUUACCAACCUAAUAACCAUUUAUAGGCUACUAAAAUAACUAAUAUAAUAUAAUAUAACUUAUAUAUAUUUAUGUAUAAUUAUAAAUUACAUUAUAAACGUGCAAUUAGAAUUAAAAAUUUACCAAAGUUGUAUAAUAUGUUACCUCUAAGUUUUAAUAAUGAUGAAUUUUAGAAAAACUACAUUUAUUACAUAAUGUUUGAAAACAAAAAUAUGUUUUUAACAGACUCGAUACAUGUAAAAUAUCUAUUAUUUCUUCGUUUAUUUAUUUGUAAUGUUUAAGAAAUAAACAAUAGGUAUAUAUUUAUAGAAUAUUCAACGUUAAAAUACUAUGAGAUAAAAAAAAGUAUAACAAAUAAUAAUAAAGUUCCUGUUGGUCGAGUGUUGGAUUCAAUAUGAAUAAUCGUAGAGAAAAAUAAAGAUGUCUUUAUUCGUUAUCAUAAAUUUUAAAGUGUCGGUCAUGUAUACAAACAAGUUAGGCUUAGUUUUGAUUAUUUGCGUUUUGAAUUUUACACGUGUUAUGUAUAAUGUAUAUGACUAAAUUUAUUUAAAGCUAUUCGUUUUGGUUAAUUACUUACACAAUGAUUUAUAUACUUUAAAUGUGUAUUUUAAAAAGAUAAAAAUAAAGACUAUUUUUCUUUAUGAAAUAUAUAUUUUUAGAUAUAUCUAAACUGUUCUAACCACCUUCGAAGAUCAGUUAUGUACAUAAUGAAAGACUGAUGAUGCCUUUUUAAUAGGUGACCUAGUAUUAAAAAUAUAUUAAAUAAUUGUCAUGACAAUGCAAAAAAAAAUGUAAUCUGUGUGCGACAUAUAAAAUGUUAUAUUUUGAAAAUUUUCUCUAAAUUUAGUUUUUAGAAAGAUUUUUUUGUGAUUAGUUUAUUAUAUAGUGUUGUGAAUAUAAUUUAUAAUGAUACCGAAAUAGUAUAAAAAAAAUACAAAUAUAAUUAUACCUGUUUAAGUAAUUUAGAGAAACUGUUGGUUGUACAUUUAAUAAAAAUAAAAGACUUGAAAAAUUGU